AUGUGCGAAUACAUCGAGGCUGUCGUGAUCCACUCCAACUGCCGACGGCCAACCCAGCACAAGACGAUCAAGAGGCUGUACAAGCGAUGCGCCCACCGUCCGCAGCCGCUGGCGCGCUGCGCAGAGCCGGUGUUCAAUCCUUCCCUCGCCAAGCUGGAGACUACGGAACAGCGCCGCGGGCUCUGUCGGCAUUGUCGAGACUCAGGCGUCUCGGUCGGCACCUUGGUGUAUGAACACCAUGAUUUCUCGUGGGUCGACGGCGGCCCAUGCCCAAGGGUCUCUUGGAUGGACUUUCUCAAACGGAUUCUGCAUGUCUAG